UUUUUAUGGGAAGUGAGCGUCAAACGAUGAAAGCAACGAAUGCUAUUUUUCUGGAAAGUGACCGUUAACCCAUUUUCAUCAUGUUUUUUAGUAUAAAUAAAUUAAGGUUAAAUAAACUAGUUCCAUAGAAUCAUUACGUACAAAGUUGAAAAUUUAUUACAAAAUUUUAUUUUAAUAGUAUAGCAUAAUUUUAUGAUAUUAAUAAUUAAUUGAAAAAUGAAAAUUUUAAAUUAUUAAUAAUAUGAAUUAUGUUGUUUUGCCCGACUUGUGGUAAUUUAUUAUUAAUUGCUGAAGAUAACUACGGACUUAGAUUCUCUUGUAAUACUUGUCCAUACAUUUGCAAAAUUAAAAAGAAAAUAUCAACAAAAACUUAUCCUAAACUGAAGGAAGUUGACCAUGUAAUGGGCGGUUCAGCUGCUUGGGAGAACGUUGAUUCGACUGAUGCUGAGUGCCCGGCCUGUUUUCAUAAGAAAGCUUAUUUCAUGCAAAUGCAAACACGUUCUGCUGAUGAACCUAUGACUACAUUUUAUAAAUGCUGUAAUCAACAGUGUGGGCAUAAUUGGAGAGAUUAAAUUUUG